AUGGUCUACUUUUUUUUUCCCCAGCUCUGUGGUCAGUAUUCUCGGGACCUAGGAUCCUUUGCCCAGUACCAAGCAGAACAACUAAAGAAACCAGAUGCAUAUACCUUAGAAAAAAUCAAAAAUCGAGGAUAUACAGCAGAACAGUUAGAAUCACAAUUUAAUGCAAUACCUCAGUUACGAAGGGAAUCCAUAUCCCUUCAGUUUGUAGAUGAUGGUUCAGCAAAACCUCCUGUUGGCUUUUGGGCAUAUUGGGAUCAAUGUAUGAAAUUAAGAGAUGCAGCCUUUCACAAAAUUGGAGAAGAUUGGGUUUUUUUAGCAUUGCUUGGAGUCACUAUGGCUUUAAUGAGUUUUACAAUGGAUUACAUCAUCGAAAAGUGCCAAGAAGCAAAACUGUGGUUAUAUGAAGAAUUGGCUUUCUCAUUAGCUUUACAGUUUGUCGCUUGGGUCUUAUAUUCCUUAGUUUUCAUUUUGUUUGCCACUGGCUUCACACAUUUGGUUUCACCACAAGCUAUUGGGUCUGGAAUACCAGAAAUGAAAACUAUUCUCAGAGGUGUAGUUUUAAAAGAAUAUCUCACUUUCCGGACAUUGGUAGCUAAAAUUGUUGGUUUAUGUUCAUCAUUAGGAAGCACUCUUCCAUUGGGCAAAGAGGGGCCAUUUGUACAUAUUGCCAGUAUUGUUGCUACAUUAUUAGGCAAACUUAUUGGAUCCUUCCAAGGAAUCUAUGAGAAUGAAUCUCGGCGUAGUGAAAUGUUGGCAGCUGCAUGUGCUGUUGGUGUAGCAUGUACAUUUGCUGCACCCAUUGGUGGUGUUUUAUUUAGUAUUGAAGUAACAGCUACUUUUUUUGCUGUAAGAAAUUAUUGGAGAGGUUUCUUUUCUGCUGUGUGUGGUGCUCUUAUAUUCCGGUUGUUAGCAUUUUGGUUUAAAGAUGAAGAAACAAUAACUGCACUUUUUAGGACAACACUCAGAACUGAAGUCCCAUUUGAUGCUUUGGAAUUAAUAAUAUUUGCUGGCAUAGGUGUUGCCUGUGGCUUUGGUGGAUCCCUUUUCAUUUUCCUUCAUAGAAGGAUCAUCCUUUUCACAAGAAAACACAAGCGGAUGUCAGCAUUUCUUCAGAAAAAUCGAUUCCUCUAUCCUGGUAUGAUAGCCAUAUUGAUCUCUACAUUAACUUUCCCUCCUGGGCUUGGACAGUUUUUUGCUGGUCAGCUUACUGCACGUCAAGCUAUCAAUGAACUUUUCAGUAACAUCACAUGGACAGCUGGCCAAGCUGAUGACUUAGAAGAAGAAGAAAUUUUACAUCAUUGGAAUCCACCUGCCACCAAUAUUUAUGUCACUUUACUCUUGUAUAUAAUUAUGACUUUUUGGAUGGGAGCUGUAGCUAAUACAUUGCCAAUCCCAGCUGGUGUGUUUGUUCCAGUUUUUUGUUGUGGUGCUGCCUUUGGCCGCCUUGUUGGAGAGAGCAUGUCAGCAUGGUUUCCAGAAGGUAUUCGUAGUGGAGAUGUUAUUAGAAAGAUUGUCCCUGGAGGAUAUGCUGUGGUUGGUGCAGCAGCAUUAUCCGGAAGUGUAACUCGCACCAUAUCAACAUCUGUGAUCGUUUUUGAACUUACAGGGCAAAUCAGUCAUGUUUUACCAGCAGUGGUUGCUGUAUUAAUAGCAAAUGCUGUUGCUCAUUUCUUACAGCCUUCUUUUUAUGACAGCAUAAUUCGAUUAAAAAGGCUUCCAUAUUUACCAGACAUUGUCAAUGCUAAGCAAGAUGCUUGGACUGUUUAUGUUGAAGAUAUCAUGAUGAAAGAUGUUCGAUAUAUUACAUUUGUAUCAACAUAUGCAGAACUACAAGAACUAUUAAGAAGCUCUUGUUUUAAGUCUUAUCCUUUGGUGGAUACUCCUGAAUCCAUGAUCCUCCUUGGUUCAAUUCAGAGGUUUGAGCUUGAAAGACUUCUAAUUUUACACUUGAGUGAACGAACUUUUUUUAAUGACCGCAAAACUUCAACUUCCACUUUAUCACCACCCCCAUCUCCAUCAAAUUCAAAGAAAACUUCACCCAUUCGAAGGACAUCAUCUCCAAAAUUGCUGCAGCAAAUCCCACGAUUUGUGGUUACUAAAGUGGAUGAGUCUGAAAUGGAAUCAGAAGAAACGAUAGAUGUUACUGAGGAAGAAGAGAAACCACAACAGAAACCAGAACCAAUGCCAAAGAUGAAGCGUAAGACCGCACAUAACAGUUUGAUCCCUGGUGGAAAAGCUCUAAGUCUUAAGGAUGAGACUGAUUACCAUUAUGAUACACUACAACUUCCAUUACGAUCAAUACUGAAAAAGACAAACACAGAAUCUCCAUUCCUAAGUCGGAGAGCUAGCACAGGGGAUCUCAGAAUGGAUGAUGAGAUGUAUUAUAGGCAGCUCGUUGCCAAGCAGCGAAAGGACAGUAUCGUUGAAGAUGUUCCUUUUGUUUUUAAGAAAAACAGUAUGCCUGAAUCUCUUCGUAAUAUCUUCAAAAGGCCUUUCUCCCCAAGUGGGAAAGUUAGUCAUCAAGAAGAUAUAAAGGACAAGGAUCAAGAAAGUGCCUUAUUGAACCAACCAAUUAACUGGGAAGGAUGUCAUAUAGACCCAGCACCAUUUCAGUUAGUAGAAAGAACAUCAUUACACAAGGUGCAUUCUUUAUUUUCUUUGCUUGGCCUCAGUCAUGCCUUUGUCACUAAUAUAGGAAAGUUGAUUGGUGUAGUUGGCCUUAAAGAGCUUCGUAAUUCCAUCCAAGGACAGAUUGAUGCCCAGGCUAAAAACAAACAAACAAACAAAGCAGAAACAGAAAGCAGUGAUGAUGAUGAUGAAUUAGAUGAUCCUGCACAGUUGGAAGUAGUCCGGGAAAAUGGACACAGGGAAACAUUCACUUUAGUCAAGCGACAAUCAGAGGAAACAGUUUGA